UUCAAAACCAAAUAGAUUGUAUUAGAGAAGAUUCGACAUUAUCUUCUAAUGAUGCUGUUUCUAGCAUCUUAACACCAACUGAAACCGGAACAAAAAUAGUCUGUAAUACAUAUUCCACUAAGGACCAUUGGAAAAUUGAUGAAGAACAUAAUAAUCAAAAAACUCAAAUCGAUGUAUUUCGGCAGGUUACAAAAGAAGAAAUAGAUAAGUCAAUCAUUGACUUGGUUGUUAGUACUGGAAUAUCUUUCAGUAUUCUUGAUAACCUAUUGUUUCGUCAAGUGGCCAGAAAUCUUCGUUAUGUUACAAAUUCAUAUAAAAUUCUACAUUCAAUGACAAUAUUGCGGCACCUUACAGGCAAUAUAUUCAAUUCAAGAUUGGAAUUUGUCAAGAAUUUACUAGCAAAGUCUCCCAGACGAAUUUCACUAACUUGUGACAGGUGGCAUUCAAACAUUCAUAGGUGCCAUUAUAUCGUUGUUACAGGGUCAUGGAUUAGUGAAGAUUGGAGGGUAGUCAAUAUCAUUUUAAGUUUCCAAAAAUCUGGCCAAACAGCAGAGGAUAUAUUAUCAACAAUAAUAACCACAUUAGAAGCAUAUAAUAUUAAAGAAAAAAUAUUCACACUUACCAUGAAUAACACUACUACAAAUAAAGCUGUAGGUCAGUUGCUUAAGAAUAAAUUGCAGAAUCAAGAAUUAAUAUCAAUAGUAGAUAUGUGUUGGAACUCUACGUUAGCUAUGUUUGAGAGAUAUAUUUAUCUACAUCCGGCCAUUUAUGAGAUGUGUUCAAAAGAAUCCUCCAUGCCUUCUUGUUUAGAAAAUGAAGAGUUCGUAGUGCUUGAAUCCUUCUGUCAACUCUUAAAGCCAUUUGAAGGUGCCACAUUAAUUCUUUUAAAAGAACAGUGUAAUCCAAUUUCUGAUGCAAUAAUG